AGUUGUGUUAAAUUCCUCAACAUUGAAAGACUACCGAAACCUAGAUUAUUCCUUAAAUGUUAGAAUAAUGAGCGUGUUGAGAUGUGAAUUAAUUAAAAUUUUAAUCUAAAGAACAAUAUAGUAGCUUUAUAAUGAGUGAUAAUAUCAAAGUGGUUGUCAAAGUUCGGCCUUUGAUUACAAGGGAAAUUGAAGAGAAACUCCCUUACCAGUGGCGCAUUAAAAAUAAUUCCCUAUAUCAACUAGAUCAGAAUGGCAAAGAGUUCGGAUCUUCAUUUACAUUUGACAAAGUUUAUGAUGAAAGUACAAAAACCAGUGAAGUUUACAAUGAUAUUGCAAAGCCUAUUGUUGAAGCAGCAGUUGCUGGAUUCAAUGGUACUAUCUUUGCAUACGGGCAGACCUCCUCCGGGAAGACUUACACUAUGGCAGGAACCGAGAGCUCGCCGGGUAUAAUAACAUUAGCUGUUUUAAACCUAUUUGAAAUUAUCAAGAAUAUACCUGACCGUGACUUUUUAGUAAGAGUAUCUUACAUAGAAAUCUAUAAUGAAACUGUAAAAGAUCUUCUUAACAUUGAAAAAGACAACAUAAAGAUCCAUGACACUUUACAAGGUAUUAAAGUGGAUGCAACUGAGAAAGUCACUUCCUCGCCUGAAGAAGUACUGGAAAUUAUAAAACAGGGUGAAGCAAAUCGGCAAACAGGGUCAACAAAUAUGAAUGAGAAAAGUAGCAGAUCACAUUCUAUCUUUCAAAUAACCAUUGAAUCUAAAGAACAUGUUGAAGGUAAAGAGGAGGUUGGUAGUGUUAACGUAUCACAGCUGAAUCUAGUUGAUCUUGCGGGCUCUGAACGUGCAGGACAAACAGGUGCUAAGGGCUUACGAUUCAAAGAGGGAACCCAUAUUAAUAAAUCGCUGUCUGCCCUUGCUUUGGUCAUCAAAAAACUUGCUGAGAAUCCUGGGCAGUUCAACAACUAUCGUGACAGCAAAUUAACAAGAAUACUACAGAACUCACUCGGUGGGAAUGCUAAAACAAGUAUCAUAUGUGCAGUUACACCAGCUGCUCUAGAAGAAACAAUUUCUACCUUACAAUUCGGAAACCGUGCGAAAUUUAUAAAGAACGAACCUAUUUUGAAUGAAGUACAGAGUAACGCUACAAUGAUCCAGCAGUUAACUAAGAAACUUGGGGCCCUCCAAACUGAACUUGAAUGCAAGAAACAUCUUGAGCAAGACAACUACAACCUCCAGAAACAGAUAGCGGGAUUACAGAGGCUAAUAUUAAGUGGCGUAACGCGACAUUCUACCGAAGACAUCAUCAGCACCCGUCGCAAACAUCCUCAACGCAGGAUUACAAUAUCGGCUUUGCACUCGGUCGAAGAAUCCACAACUAGCAUUCCGAGGUUUUGUACUCCUGUCUUGAAAUACAACCCGAUGACGUUAGGCGGUUGUUCAUCAGACUUAGCUCCGUUACAACGUCCGGGAACCUUAUCCACUGUUCCUGAAGAAACUUCACGGAUGGUCACCCCGCCCCCUGGUGACAAGAGAGUCAACUUUGAGGAUGAAAUCAUCGAGCUCGAUAGCGACGAUGACGAAGUAGCAAAUAAUCAAACUUGUUCACCUAUUCAUGAAUGCUAUGACAAAUCGAAGACGCCUCCUUGUGUACUGAGGAAGACAGCGAAACGAGCCGAGAAGAAUCUCAAAGACAUAGUCGAGUUAACUGAACGAGAGAAAAUUUAUCCUCCUAGAGUUGCGGAAUUGUUGGAGAAAUUGGAAGAAAAAACUUAUGCUAUUACGAUGCUACAAGACGAGAUGGAGAAUUUCGAUAAACAGAGUAAAGAAAAAGAUCUACAGAUGGAAUAUAUGAAGAAGAAAAUCCAAAAAUUAGAAGACACAAUUGUUCAUGUAACUUCGGAAAAGGAAAAAUUAGAAACCCGUUGCAAAGAUGUUGACAUCAAACUGACGGACUGGGAAGUUAGUUACGACACUUUCAAGAAAAAAGCGAAACAAAGAGAAGAAGAAUUGCUUUCGAUAGUAGAAGAACUGAAAACCAAAUCACAUACAGGAGGUAUAUCCCUAAAUCAAAGUCUCAAAGAGCAAUCGAUUUUAAAAUGUCCAGAAAUCAGUAUAAAUAAAGAAGAUGAAUCUUCAACCCCAAAUUUAGUCUCAGACUUACAGUCACAACUGGUCGUCAAAAACCAAACUAUCAUAGAAUUACAGGCGGAUAUCUGUGCACAAAAUCAAACGAUCACGUUCUUAGAAAAAUCUAGUCAAGAAUUACAAGACAUGAUAAACAAUUACAAGGAAAAUCUAACAGAUAAAGAUGAAGAAAUUGGUUUGCUUAAAGGUGCCAUAGAAACAUUAAAUUCGACUAUAAAAAGCCAAAAAUCUUGUCUAGAUACUGCAAACGACGACAUUAAAUCCUAUAACAGUGUUAUACAGGAGUUACAAAUAAAACUCACCGGUAAAGAGACCCAAUUAAAUUUAAACAUAGAAGACGAUCUUUUGCAAAACAUGAUUGACAAUGAAGCAACACUAUUUGCCAACAACGAAAACAUUAGAAACAUAAUACACGCUUUCAAAAUUAGACUUGAAGAAUGCUAUAAGGAAAUUGGCCAAUUAAAAUCUGGUUUACAACAAAAUGUUGGCGUUGGAGACAAAACUGUAGCAGAACUAAAAAAUGAUGAAAUUAAUAGCAUGAUUCGUCAGUUGGAAGAAGAGAUUGAGAAAUGUAAAAUAGUCGAGGAAGAACUCACCGAAAAAUUAGCAAUAGCAGAAACUAAACAUAAUGAUUUGAAAAAAUUAUAUGAAGAUAGUGCAUCAGACUUGGAAGCAUUAAAAAGAGAAAACAUACAAAUGCACACAAGUGAAGGUGAAUCAAAAAAAGAAGUCGAACAAUUAUUGGAAAAAAAUAUAAUAUUAGCAGAUGAAAUAGAUGCCAUGACCAAGAAAAUCACAACAUUACAAGAGAACAUUAGUUCAAAAGAAAUAAUAAUAGAAUCUUUACAAGAAAACAAUAAAGACAGAAUGGAAUAUUUAGAUAAAGCCAAAUUAACCAUUAAAAAACUUCAAGAUGUUUUCUUAAUUUUAUCAGGUGAUGUCAUGGUGGUUCCAGAAAUUAUUGAUAGUAUAACAGAAGUAAUCAAUACGUUGACUAACGGUUUUGAGUCUUUAGAAGAAGUAGCACUAGAAAUAGACUUAAAGAAAAAUUCAAUAACAAAAGAUAAUAUAUCCAUAAAGACCUUGUUAGAUAAAUUAAUAACCAAAAAUGAAACAGACAUUAAUGAGUUAAGGAACUCUAUAAAAUCUCUUGAAAGUGUAAAAAGUGAAUACAAUACUGCUAACGAAAAGCUUUUUGAACAGUUAAAUAUUGCAGUAGAUAAACAAAAUUGCAUUCAGGAAGAAGUGGAUUUAUUAAAAAUUGAAAAUCAAAAUCUAUUACAAGAAUUACUAUCUCGUAAAACAGAACUAGAAAAAUUGGAGUUAGAAAUAUUAGCCCGCGACAAAUUUAUUACAAAUUUAGAAGAAAUGAAAACUAUGCUCGUCGAGGAGAAGCUGUCAGAAAUUAAAGAGAAGGACGAAAAUUUCAAACAAGAAAUUGGUAUGUUGAAUGAAAGGUUAAUCUGUGAUCGACGUGAAUUUAAUGAAACUAUGCAAGAGAAAAACAUACUACUCUCUGAUUUGUCUAAGAAAGUCAACAAAACAGAACGCGAGUUAGAAGAGAAACAAGAACAACUUACCCAUCUAAUGGAGCAACUAAAUGACACUGAGAAUAACAGUUACAAGCUUAUCGAAAAUAUGUUCAAUAAAGUUUCUCAAAUCGCAUCAGAUUUUAAAAUUUCCAAUCAGCUGUCCUGUGAACUUGAUGAUGAGAGUGAAAACACAUACGAAAGAAUUAGUCUAACGUUGGACAAGAUAACUAAUCACAUAACGUAUUUAAACACGCAAAUAAAUGAGACACAGAAGAAUGAUAAUGCGCAGUUAUUAUGGGAAGCAAAGAAACAGAUUGCAGAUCUAACGGAACAAAAUAUCAUUUUAAAAGAAAGAUUAUCACAAUUAGAUACAGAAAAUAAAGAACUUCUUAUUGAAAUUCAAACAGUUCGAGGUAGUAAUGAAGAAGUAACACUAAAUUUAAAAGACAGUAGCACAUUGUUGAAACAAGUCAAAGAAGAAUUGAAACAAAAAAGUGACGAGAUAGAAGAUAUGAAAACUAAAGUGAUGGAAUGGAAAAGCCAAUUCAAGGAUUUAGAUGACGUGAUGAAACAACAACAAAAAGAAUUAAAACUGGAAAAUAAAAAACUUCAUGAUAAAAGAACUGAAAAAAGUGCAGAAAGCUUAGAUUCUGAAGAGGACGAAGAAUGUGUAAACAAUUUUUAUGAAAUAAGCGUGAACACAGACAGUGAAAAUACAUUAGAGCAAUCAGCCUAUUCUCCAAAAAGCCUUGUCACAAUAUGCUGUAGCAAGAUUUUAGAUAGCAUUCAAUCGAAUGAUACCAAAAAAGACAUAUCGACUUGUGACAAAGACGAGACGACGAAAUGCAGCAACUGUGAUGAGUUUUCCUCCCAAUUGACUUCUGCACAAGAUAAAAACGACAAAUUGACGCAGAAGGUACAACAGCUACAAGCCUUUAACCUACAACUAAUGGACGAACACGAAUUAGUUCGUUUAGAACUACAAAAAUUAAUAGAACCAGCUCAUGAAUUACAAAAAAAGAUUUUCAAUCAUAAAACUAAUUUGUCGAUACUCACCGCCACAACGUAUGCUGAGAAUAAAUUACUCAAUUCUCAGGUUAAGAGUUUACAACAUCACCACGGUCGCUUUCACUACGUAUGUCAAAGAGAUUUGCCAGCGUUUAAAAAGCAAUUGUGUGAUCUCUUAGCAAUCCUAAAAAACUGUCCUACAUUAGUUGAAUCAGAAAAUGGUAGUUUGAAAAGAUUUUCCUUGCCAGAUGUCUUAGAAAAAAAUACAACGAUUGCAAGAAACGAAUCCGUUUUGGAUGGUGAUUUAUUAAUGCUGGAUACAAAUGUUAGUCUUACAACAGCUGACAGUACCCUGGUAGCCUGCGACCAAACAUGUUUAGAUUUGACCCAAAACCUAAUCAAUGAAAUCUCAAUACAAACUAAUUUCAACCAAACUAUAGAAGCAAGUGAUGUCAAUUCUCAAAUCGAAAUAUUAAAUAAUGAUAACCGAAUUAUGUUUGAGAAAUUAGAAAUUUUGAAGGAGGAAAACGAAAAAUUACGUAACCAAUUAGAUGGAGCUAAAAGUAAAAAUGACAACAUUAUAGAAACACAAAGUAAUCCAAUAAAGUUACAGGAUUCCGGAACCAUAACAAUUUCUUGUAAAAUGUGUCAGAGUCUUAAAGAAUCUUCGAACGAAACCAAUCUGAAACUUGAGAAGCUAUCCGGAGAGUUAUUCGAUAUUAAAGAACAAAAGAGUGCUUUGGAGGGUAAAUAUCAAAAUUUAAUAUUGGAAACACAAACGAGAGAUCUACUGAUGUCCCAAAUUAAGUCCUUAGAAAUGGAAAACCUCACUAAAGAUAAAGAAAUCAAGAACUUAACAGACUCUUUAAAAACUAAAAGUAAAAAAAUUAAUGAGCUGCAAGAAGAGAAUGAUACACUUUCCAAUCUUAUAAUGGAAAACGUUACCGAAAGCGAUAAUUUGAAUAAAGAAGUAGACGAUCUAAAGAAAAAUAAUGAAUGUCUUACACAAAAAUGUAUUGAUUUUGAAAAACUUGUUAAUGAAUCCGAAAAUAAAAUUGAACCUAAAAAUAUAUGUGCUCAGUGUAAAUUAAAAGAAAAUUUAAUACAAUCUUUACAUAUCGGUUACGACAACACUCUAUCAAAACUGAAUCGAAGUAUUAGUGACUCUAAUACUUCAACACGAUACAAUAAAAUUUGUACACUACAAAGCGAAUUGGACGCGGGAAGAGAAGAUUGUAAAGAACUCUGCGAAGAUUUUACGUCAAUAAAGAACCAUUUAGAACUACACGAACCUAAUAUGACCAUGGAUUUAGAUGAAAGUAUUGAAAAUGCAAACUUUUUACCACAAUCAACAGCAAACCUGUCUAAAAUCGCUGACGAAAAAAAUGUUGACAUGUCUUAUGUAAUGGAUAAAACGAUGUGCCUAAAUUAUUAUACAGAAAUUGUAGGAGUGGAAGAUCACGAUCUAAAAGAGAAUAUUAAAAUAAUUGAUGUUAUGAAAAUGCUGCAUAAUCAUUUGUUAACGAGUCACGGUAAUGAAGUUGAAAAUCUAGUGAACAAGCUUAAGGAUUAUGAAGAAACGAAAAAUGACUUACUGAACCAGUUGGAGACUACUAGUGCUAAAUGUUCAAUAAUAAACAAAGAACUUGGAGAAAACAAUGAAUUUGAAACUAAAGCCGUCAAGGUCAUGUCUGAAAUCAAAAGAAAUUUAAAUUCCCUUAGCGAGCAAUUAAUAAAUAAUGAAAGUAAAAAAAGCAAAGAUCAAAUAGACAGAUACAAAGAUAGCUUACUUGCUGUUCUGGAUGCAGAAUUCGGAACUACCAGCUUAGAUGUAUUUGAAAUUCUAAUGGAUAACAUAAUAAACAAAUAUCAAAUAGACUUAGAUGAAAUCUUGGAAAAAUACACCAAAGUACAAGGAGAUUUAAAUGAGUGCACUUCGGAACUAAAAUCAGUAAACGAAAAAUUGUCAUCACUGAAUAGUCAAUUAAUUGAAAAAGAAAACGCCUGUAAUAUUUUGAGAAUACAGAAAGAAAGAAUACAUGAAAUCAGCUCAGCGGUUACAAUAGAUAUUGUUAAGAAAGAAAAUGAAUUAAAGGAAAUACUGACCAAAGAAUGUUUGAAACUUUCAAAAUUAAAAGUAGAUAUUCCACGCGACUUAGAUCAGGACUUACCGGCGCAUAAAAAAAUUACUAUUCUGUUUGAUGCUCUCAUAACACAGUAUGAACUCUCGCGAACGGAUUACGAAAUCGAAAAGGAAAAACUUAGAUUGGAAACUGGUACGGCGAAAACAGUGUUAGAAGAAAAAGAAAAAGAAUUAUCUGAACUAAAAUUAAAUUUCGGUACACUCGAAGAGGCGCACAACGAAGUAAAAUCAUUGCAUGAAGAAUUACCGAAACUGUACAAGAGUAAAGUAGACGAAAACAGUGCUAACUUGAAUUUAAUAAAAAUAUUAUCCGAAGAAAUCGAUGCACUUAAAAUAGCGAUAGCUAAAAACAAAGAAAAAAUGCUGUCUCUAUCUGAAAAAGACAAUAAAUUAACAGAGCUGGUCUCUACAAUAAACGGCUUAAAAGAAGAAAAUAACUCACUGAAGUCGCUCAAUGAUGUUAUAACAAAAGAAAAAGAAACUCAAGCUUCAGAAUUGGAAAGGUCGUGUCAAGUAGUAAAACAAAACGGUUUCGAACUGGACAAGAUGAAAGCCGAUAUAUUGAUGUUAAAUGAAACUGUCAAAGAGAAUACAGUAGUUGUUGAAACUUUAAAAGAUGAAGCUAAAUUAUUGUUGGAACAAAAUCUAGCUUUGAAGGAACAGUGUGAGGAGAAAACGCGCGAUUGCUCUCGCCUCGAAAUUAACAUCAAAACACACGAGAAAACUGCCGAAAUCCAAAACAGAAUGAUCAUGAGACUUCAAAAACAGAAACAGGAAGACGAUAAACUAUUCAUAGAGAAAGAAACUAAAUUGAACGAACUAACGAACAAAUAUGAAGCUCUGAAGAGAGAUUAUGAUGCGGCGGUAAAGGAUCUCGAGUCAAGCAGAGAAGCGGUGAACCAAUUGACUACACAGAAAGAUCUCGUUGAGGGUCGUAUAGCCGAACUGGAAUCUGAUAUACGAACGGAACAAACAGCAAGAGUUUCGCUAGACGACGCGUCCAAGUCGUCCCGGAGCCGGCGCCGCAGUCUGCACGACUCGAAGAGGACGUUUGGCGACGAAAACCGUGACCUGGGAGAAAGCAAUUUGGAAGCUGUUUUCGAGUCGCGUCGCCAACCCGACGAUCUCUUCAUGGAUGUAGACGGACACGAUUCAAACAGAAGCACACCUAUUCGACUCAAAGGACGUGACAGUUUAUUAAAAUCAGAUAAUAGCGACGUAGGAGAGGAGCACUCGUCCCGACCCGGCAGCGUGCAUGCCUCGCGACGGAGGCGACAGAGUAUACACGACUCCCACCGGAGUAUAAUGCGGUCUAGCCGAGAUACUUCCCACGAAAAUCCAAAACUUGACGAUUCCCCAAAGAGAUCUAUAUCAGUUAUUAGUGACAGCGAAGUGUCUCAGCUUAAGGAGCGGCUAUUGUCAUGUCAACAAGAACUAGACGAUCUAAAGGAGAGGUACAAAGAAUUGGACGACGAAUGCGAAACCUGCGCAGAGUACUUGCAAGAGAGAGACGAGCAAUGCGCUCGCUUGAAAAAGGAAAAAUUGAGUUUAGAGCAACAAGUAUCAAAUUUGAAAGAACAAAUUAGUACACAACGACCUGUUGAACGUCAAGCAAAAUUCGCGGAUGUCGCCGUCAACACAGACGAAGAUUGGGCCAAUCUACAUUCGGUGGUCGUCGAUCGAAUGUCGUACGACGCGGAGGUCGAAAAGAACAAGAGGCUUAUGAAAACCAUUGAAGAACUGCGAUACAAGAAGCAAGACCUGAAAAAUACUGUCACAAAAAUGCAAAAAGCAAUGGAGAAAUAUACUAAAAAGGACAAAGAAUUCGAAGCGAAAAGGAAAGAGCUGAAGGAUUGUAAAGCAGAACUUGAAGAACUAAAACAAAGAUAUAAGGAGUUAGACGAAGAAUGCGAGACGUGUGCAGAGUACCUUAAACAAAGGGAAGAACAAUGUAAGAGGCUUAAAGAGGCUAAAAUCGCUCUAGAGAUGAAAUUACAAGAGUUCCAAACCGACGCUAGUAUAGUACAUCUGCAAUCCGUACGUAAGAAACGAAGGAGCAUACACGAUCAGAACCGAGCUUCCAACGUCGAUCUUGUGGAUGCAUCCACUCAGAUUGGUGACGAUUUUCUGAAUAAUCAAGUUGAACGCGACCGCGGCUCCGGUAACGCAACCGACGAAUCUCAUGUCCGUGAAAUGCAACGACUUCAGAAGAUUGUGGACAAGUUAAGCAACCAGAAGGUCGCCUUGGAGAAGCAAAUAGAAUCUUUGAGUAAUACGCCUGUAUCGAAUUCCACUAUGUAUGUGGCCACUGGCAGUGCGAUAGUGCAGAAUCAACAAAUAACUGACGUGAUGAAGGAAAAUCAAAAACUAAAGAAGAUGAAUGCCAAACUGAUUACGAUAUGCAAGAAACGAGGCAAGACAGGCGCCAACAGAGAGAAUGAGGAUCCGUCCGAUGUUUGAAUCUAUUUAAACUUUUGAGAAGUUUAACGACAAACUAAUUUAAAGCCUUUACUAAAUAUUGACUAAUACUCAAUAACAAUUAGAGAAAUUAAUCUGAAGAGUGAUUUAGUUUUAAAUGUAAAUUUUAUUUAGAUUUUGAUUAUAAUAAUUUAAUUUUUGUGUUUGUUGUGUCUCAUAAAUGGCCAGUCCAGGCCGUUUUUAACUGACUAUAAAAAUAUAUAUUUUAUGGCAAUUCUUUCAAGCAAAUAGUCUGAAACAUCUUACAUUUUCAUACAUUCCUUGCGCAUUUAUUUACAGAAACGUUUUGUACACACAUGGACCAGAUAUUUGUGCCAUUUUCAUUGAAAAACUAGAAUGUACAAUAUAAAGUAUUAUUAGUACUUAAAAUUUCCUAAUUAUAGUUAUAUUUUGUUAUAUGAAUACAGAUUCAACCGAACGAGCGAAUAAAAGAACAAUUAUAUUAUUGUAAUGGCAAUAAUUUAAUUGAAUAAUAAGUGUUGUAACUAUUAUUAUGUGAUUCUAAUUACUAUUUUCUUGUGGUGCCUAUAUUUGUAAUUAAACAUGGUUGA